AUGGAAAAGUUUGAUGGGGUCCAGCUAGGAAAGGUGUGGCCUUCCCUAGAUCCAUCAGAUAAGAUGAAGAUAUUUCUGCAAAUAUUCGACUACCAGAGAGUAUGGACUCAGAAGAAAUUCAAUGCAUUUGGGAGCCUCUAUUAUCGCGAUGACUUGGGGGAAUCAAUUCGUAGGCCACUGGCUGACGAAGAAGGCACUCAAAUCAAUGAGCUUGACCGAUUUGCUAUAGGGCCAGCCACAGGACGUGAGUGGUCUGAUGAUGGCCGAAGUUCAUUAACUUGCGACCGAGGUCCACGGAAAUCAUUACUUGAAUAUCGGAUAGCAGUUGGACACCGAGAAAAACUAGCUAUUGAAUCUAGGAUAUGUGCUCCGAAACAACUAGCCAUGCUCUAUGGACCAGGACUCUACCAGCCUACUCAAGAAAAGAGACUUGACGCAGUUCAAUCUUACCUCAAGCUUGUUAGCAUUCUUCUUCCCUCUGACCCAUCUUUGGCUAGCGGCCACAUAUGGCAUGAUGAUCUGCAUAGCGAGAAUAUUUUUGUCAGCCCGAAGAAUCCUACCGAGGUAGUCGGGAUUAUUGAUUGGCAAUCAACUCAGAUAUCACCAUUAUUUGACCAUUGCAUGGACCCUGCAUUCCUUGAGUAUGAUGGUAGUCCCAUUGGAGAUAGUUUGAAGCUCCCUGAGCUACCAGAGAAUAUGAAACAACUAUCCGAAAGUGAGAAAAAUGACACCAUCAAGCAAUACCUAAAUAAGUCUGUCAUGGUAGCCUGGCGUAUGCUUGUCAAGAACAAAAUCCCUAGCCAGUAUGCUGCCAUGAUGUUUGAGAAUACAACAAAAGGAUACCUGCUUCUUCUUUCUCGUCGUCUCUAUGAACUGGGAGAGCUUCAAUUCCGGGCUUUGUCACUAGACCUGCAGAAAGAAUGGUUGGAGUCCAACACCAACGAGGAACAAAAAUUUCCACUCUCCUUUUCACCGGAGCAGGAAAUUGAAAUUAACGCAGAUAGAGAAUUAUCUGCGUUAAGCUCGGAGGUCAUGAAGAGUAUACAACAACGACUUGGGCGUAUUUGGCCUGACAAAGCUCUGGCCGAACACGAUGAUUAUCAGCAGCUGAAGUCAUUACUUGCCCAGAUAAAAGAGGAGUUGGCAUCCGAGCUCGUGAAAGCCCCCAAAAAAAAGGCAGAAUUCGAAAAAUUUUGGCCUUUCGACUGA